AUGGUUCCUACUCAGCUCCUGGCAAAAGUCAAGGGCUGGCUCCGGAUCCGCAGCCUCCUGGCCCGACAGUGCCUGGCAGAGUUUCUGGGUGUGUUUGUGCUCAUGCUCAUCACCCAGGGGGCUGUGGCCCAGGCUGUCACUAGUGAGGAAACCAAAGGCAACUUCUUCACCAUGUUUCUGGCUGGCGCUUUGGCUGUUAUGGUGGCCAUCUACGUGGGUGGUAAUGUCUCCGGGGCUCACCUGAAUCCGGCCUUCUCCCUGACCAUGUGCCUCCUGGGACGCCUCCCCUGGGCCAAGCUCCCCGUCUACUCCUUGGUGCAGACUCUGUCCGCUUUCUGCGCCUCUGGAGCCACUUACGCGCUCUACUACGAUGCCCUGCAGAACUAUACGGGUGGGAACCUGACAGUGACUGGCCCCAAGGAGACAGCGUCCAUCUUUGCCACCUACCCUGCUCCCUAUCUGUCCCUGAACAAUGGCUUCUUGGAUCAGGUUCUGGGAACUGCAGUCCUGAUUGUGGGGAUCUUGGCCAUCCUGGACACACGGAAUAAGGGAGUGCCCGCGGGUCUGGAGCCCGUGGCAGUGAGCCUUUUGAUCCUGGCCAUUGGGCUAUCCAUGGGUGCCAACUGUGGAUACCCACUCAACCCUGCCCGGGACCUGGGCCCCCGGAUUUUCACCUACGUGGCCGGCUGGGGCCCUGAAGUUUUCAGGGCUGGAAAUGGCUGGUGGUGGGUGCCUGUGGUGGCCCCAAUGGUGGGGGCCACCCUCGGCACAGCCACUUACCAACUGCUGAUAGCUCUGCACCACCCUGAGGAUUCGGAGGAGGCAGCUCAGGAUCUAGCACUUGCCCAGUAUAAAGACUUGGACACUCCUGCCUCGACUCAGAUGCCUCAGCAGUCCUACCUCCCUCAUGGACAAUGA